AUGUCUGACUCUCUUGCGAAGUCGCUCUACGAGCGGAGGAGCGGAGCCCUCUCGUUCAAAGGUCGGGGUAGUUUGAAGGAUGAGAAGAAGAAGGAGCGCAAGAGAAAGCACAAGAAGCGCGAGAGGGAGGGAGACGAAGACCGGAACGAAGAGGGGCAGGAGGAAGUGGAAGUUGAAGAGGUUGAGGGCGAGGGCCGAAUCGUCUCGAGCGGAGACACGAUUCAAGGGUUCGAGACCAAGUUCUUGGACCAAUGUGAGACGGGGGAUGUUUUGAUGAUUAAGCACCCACUCACGCAUCAAGUGGAGAAGCGCAUCAUCAGCAAAGUCAUGACCAACCGGAGCAUGACUGUCUCUGACGGAUUCUCGACAGAUCUCGUCAGCACCACGUCCUUCGCGAUUCGCAAAGAAGGCGCGAUUCUGCGGAAGAAGGCCGAAAAGGCUGCCAGUCGGGAUAAAAAGCGUCAGAAAGGGGACGCCGACGAAGACUUUGACAAAGUUAUUCAAGACGAAGUCUCCCGGCGGCUUCAGAAGAACCUGAAGAAAGCCGCGAAAAUCGUCACUGUCCGAGAAAAAACCGGCAUGUGGGGAUACAAAGUCGUUUCUCGAAAAGCAGAUCACGAGCUGACUGCUGAAGAGAGACUUGAUGAACGCUGCAAACAGGGACGCGACAAGUUCUGCUGGUGA